UAAAUAAAUAUAAAAAUGUGACACUUUCAAAUGACUUUGUUUGGAAUUGGCAGUUAACCUUUUUUGUGUCUUAUUUGCCUUGUUUAUGAAACUUUUAAUUCAUAUAUUUAUAAAUUGUGUUGAUAUUAAAACAAAUGUUUUUAGCUGUUUAGAUGGCAGUGAACACUUGGCAUUUCAGCGACCACAUCAUCAAGUAAUAAUCAAACAAACUGACUUCAAGUUCAGGUUACCUAGGAUUUUAAAAUAUUGUCUUCUGAAGUAUUUGGUAGGAAUAGCCUUCAUGUUUGUAGAGACAACAAGUGUCUAGACAAAUAUACUCUUGGUGCAAGUAUCAAAAGAUAUGUUUAAAAUCUACUGAGGUCUUGUUAAACAUUUUCUAUUUGUAUAUAUACAUAUACAGAUGCUGUUGAAGAUGAACAUGAAGACUGUGCUCAUUUAAAGGGAAACAAGUCUGUUACAUCAAAGAUUUUCAAACUGGAUCUGGUUUUGUCAUUUAAAUACACAAGCCGAGUCAUGCUGUAACUUAAUAUUCACAAUGCAGGACGAAGAAUUCUGCACAUGGCUUAGGGAUGUUGGGAAAUCCUUCAAGACUUUGACGGAAUGCCAGAAAAACAAAACAUUCGAUCACCUUAUAGCUGUAUCGGGGUCGAAACAGAUGCAGCAUCUGUCAACCCUUCUACCUCAGUUGGUCUUCAGAGACUUCAUCUGCAUGCUGCCUCCAGAAAUCUGUCUCCACAUCCUGAGCUACCUUGAUGGUCCCACCUUGUUAAAGUGUUGUCUCGUUAGCAGGACGUGGCUUGCCGUGGUCGACUGCUCAAGUGUCUGGCAUCGCUUGGCACAUUUAGCAGGUGCUGCUGAGGAGAAGUCAGAGUGUGAGAAAAGGUCUCGGAACUAUAAGGCUCUGUAUGUGAAGAUAAACAAAUACCUGAGGAUGGUCUCCCAGGAGAAGAUUCUGAGAAAACAGAUUCUGAUAGGACAUGAGCAGAGGGUCAUGGCUGUCUAUUAUAAGGAUGGAAUACUAGCUACAGGUUCUGAUGAGCAGAGUGUGAGACUGUGGAAGUGUUCCACUGGAAAAGAAAUCUUCCACAUCCGUCUCCAUCAGACCGUGUCCGACAUCAAGUUCACCAGCAGACGUCUGUACGUAGCCUCCUUUGAUGGCACCGCUGCAUGCUGGGACAUCCUUGAGGAACGGCGCGUUCACCUGUUCGUCGGCCACACUUCGGCCGUCUUCAGCUUGGACGUGGAUGAAGAUUUGAGCCUGCUGGUGACGGGGUCCUGUGACAAGACCAUCAAGCUGUGGUCCUACCACGACUCCCCAUUCCUCGUGCAGACGCUGCCCCAGCACAACAACUGGGUCACCAAGGUCAAGUUCUUGCAGACGGACUCCAGCCGGGGAGACAAGUUUGUCCAGAUAGUGUCAGUGAGUAAGUACAUCUUCCAGGUGUGGAAGAUCAGCUCGGGCGGGGAGAUUCUCAAGCUGUACACAAUGAAGAGUAAAGACAGCGAAGAGAUUACUUCAUUCCUGUAUCCGGAGUCCGGUGUGUUCUGCAUGAGUUCGUGGAACGACCGCCAUCUCACGUCCACGCUGACAUUCUAUGCGCUCACGGAUGAUGGGGUGUUUCAGACGGAGAGUUUUGUGCUCACUAGCGAUGCGCCCUUGCGAAGCGAAGUGCUCGGAAUCGGACGGAAAUUUGCCGUCCUGAUUGGUCCAAACGAAGACAAUCAGCUAGUCAUUUUCAACUUAAAAAUGAGGAAAGUUGUUGCCAGUAUUCCUAUGCCAUGCAGAAUGACGCGGAAUGGUGCAGCCCUGUCAUUAGGCGAUCAGUCAUGGUUGGAUGGAUUCAGUGACUCUUCUCCAAAAGGAACUUUCCUGGCAGCCUGUCUCAGCAUGUGCAAUGAUGUUCUAUUACUUUCCUGGAAAGCAGCUCCAUCUUAGCGUACCAGCAAGAUAAGAAAUUGAUCAAACCUUUACACGGUCUUAGCCAGGAAAGGCGAGUGAUCACUCGUACUUCCAUCCACACCCUCACCUAGAAAGUUUAAGAGAGCAGCAAAUUGAUCAUGUUACAAUAAAAUGUUUAAAGCUAGAUUUAUACUUUUGACGCUGUCACCCGUCGUAAUACGCUAGCAUACGCCGGUUGGCAGCGUCAUCUAGCGACCGCCGGCAGACAUGACCACGUGUUUUGCAUCAUUGUCCCAAGUGUAAAUCAAUGCUCGCAGGCACCGACCUAUUUUCAAGGCUCCACGUAGAUAUUUUUAUUUUACCAGAUAUAAAUGCUAAUGCAACAGUUAUAAUUGAAACUAAAGUUUGUUUUUAUUUAACGAUGCCACUAUAGCGCAUUGACUGUUUAAUCAUCGGCUAUUGGACAUCAAACAUAAUGGUCAUUCUAACACAGUUUCAGGAGAAACCUGCGACAUUUUUCCAUUAGUAGCAAGGGAUAUUUUAUAUGCAUCAUCCCACAGACAGGAUAAAACAUACCACAGCCUUUGUCCAGUUGUGGCGCAAUGGUUGAGAUGGGGAAAAAACCCAAUCAGAGAAUGAGUAAAUGAGUAAAACUCACUAUUAUAUGUGUUGUGGAAUGAUGUGGUUACUUCUGAUUGGCUGAAUUGCCGGUGUUUGCAAGCGCACAUCUUGAAAGUGCAACACAAUUGAACUCUGGAAUUUUUAUGCCGAGUUUUGCCGGUUUACGGUGAAUGCUCACUGACGUUUAAAGUAUAAACCUAAGCGCUGGCGAAUGCCGACAGCCACCGGCUGUGGCCGUAUGCUAGCGUAUAUUAUGGCAGGUGACGGUGUCAAAAAUAUAAAUCCAGCUUAAUACAUUUUAUUUGAAAUUUCAUGUAAUAGCUCACCUAGCAGCAUUUCGGGAGAGUAAUCUUCAGCUCUCCUUGAUUUUGCUCAAGGUGAAGACUGUUUCCAUCAGGUUCAUUUUCAUACACUGUGUACUCGAAGUGGGCUGUACAUAAAGUACAUGAUCCGACAAUAAAGUCAACUAACAACCUAUGGUUGGAUUCUUAAAGUCUGUAAUAUUACCUCAGCUAAAGACUCCAUUUGUUCAACUACUUAAGAAGCCAGUUCGGUAUAACAGCAUUUCUUCUGCAACACAUACAUAUAUUGAACACAUAACUGCUCAUCAUUCAAAUAUGCUGAAGUGUUAUUAAACAGGGAGUUUCCUAAAGAGAUAUAUAAGACACUAGACUGGUGUUUGUUCUAAACGUUAGAUGAAUGUGAUUCGAUGCUAUUGAUAGAAGAUGGAUAUACCAGUCAUAUUGUUUGCAAGUGAUCAACAUUGAAAACACAUCACUGAUGAUGUAUAUCAUUUUAGAUCCAGUGCUUACAAAACUUUAAGUUGUAAACUCAAGGAUUUAAUGUAUUGAAGUCUGAGCCCUUACCAACAGUACGUAGUAAAACCUAAAGAUUUUAUUGUCUAUAAAAAUAUUUUAAGCAUGGACUCUGGACUCCUCGUAAUGCUAUCUAUCUGUGGAGAUCUCCCAGAUAUUAACUACUGUUGCAUGAAUUUAUACAAUGCAAAUAAAAAAAGUCUGUUAAAGGCUAACUACUUUAGUGCCUGUACUCCAAUCUAAAUCUAAAUCUCAUUCCAAAUAAAAAAAUAUAUUCAGA